AAAUAUUCAAGCAUAUUUCAGAUAGUUUUUGUUCUGUGUAGAUCAAAUUUCAGCAUGUCACACACAAUCUAGCAUAUUUGAAACUCUUUACAGAUACGCAAAUUGAACACCAGCGCUUUGCGUGGCAACGACCCAGCUGGAACAUGGCCAAUAAGUUCUAUUACUUCGGCUUCGGCAGCAACAUGUUGGCCCGCCGCAUACACAUACAGAAUCCAACGGCACGACGCAUAGGCGCUGGCAAGCUGGAGAACUACCGCCUCGAUUUCCAAGGCGUCGGUUCGAAUACCUGGCUUGGAGCACCUGCGACAAUUGUGCCCACACCUGGAACAUAUGUAUUCGGCGCCAUUUGGGAGAUCGACAUGUGUAAUCUGAACGAUUUGGAUAACCAGGAGGGCGUCUCGAAUGGCAUCUACAAACCCAUCAGUGUGCCAGUUCACUCCCUGCAUGGCAAUGAGAAAAUCAUCUGUCGCGCCUAUCACCUGAGCAAUCAGCCAGAGACAAUUGUGCACGGACAGGCUGCUAAUGACGUUGAGGUGCCACCGAAUCGCCAACCCUCCCACACAUACCUCAAAGUGCUGGUGAAGGGUGCCGAGGAGUCGGGCAUACCCGCUGACUAUGUCAAAUGGCUGCGAGGCCUGCAGCAUAACGGCAAUCAAGUGGAGGCAAUGGAACUCAAAUUGGAGCUAUCGACAGUAAAGCUCAGCUAAUAUUGACCACUGUUCCUAACUAACAAUUUAUGUUGCCGAUUUAUUGUGUAUUCUUUUCUGUAUAUAAAUUGCAAGAGUAAAAUAUAUGUUCAUCUGUGUA